CAACCAUACUUGAAUAAUCUUGGUUGCUACUUAUAUGAUUUUUAUACAUGUGACAAGAUGGUCGAACUCCAAGAAUGAAAUUAUGUUUUCUUUAUUUGUACACAUAAUUAUGAUUGAGCAUAACACAUUUAUCUUUCAUGUGACAGUUGCAACCAUAGUUGGAACUGUAGUGGCUUUCCUGUUGGUGCCCAUGAGAUCACUUGGUCAAGAUAAUUGGAAAAUAGCUUCUGCACUAAUGGGUAGUUAUAUUGGUGGAGCCGUCAAUUACAUCGCAAUUUCAGAGGCUCUUGGUCUCUCUCCAUCAGUUUUGGCUGCAGGUGUAGCUGCUGAUAAUGUUAUUUGUGCUCUAUACUUUGUGUUGUUGUUUGCAUUAGCCUCAAAAAUACCUUCUGAGGCUCCAGCAUCAACCGAUGAUGCUGCUACAGAUAUGGAGUCUGAUUCUGGAAACAAGCUCCCUGUGCUACAAACUGCUGCAGCGCUUGCAGUGUCCUUUUCUAUCUGCAAAACUGCCUCUUGGCUCACCAAAUUAUCUGGAAUUAAAGGAGGUGAUCUUCCGGGAAUAACAGCAAUUGUUGUCAUUUUAGCAACUGUACUUCCAACACAUUUUGGCUAUCUUGCUCCUGCUGGUGAUGCUAUUGCUGUAGUCUUGAUGCAGGUGUUCUUUGCUGUAGUGGGAGCCAGUGGGAGCAUAGGGAAUGUCAUCACUAUAGCACCUAAUAUUUUCAUGUUUGCUUUUGUUCAAGUGACUGUCCAUCUUGCUGUAAUCCUGGGAUUGGGAAAACUAUUCCGCUUCGACCUAAAGCUCUUACUUUUGGCUUCAAAUGCUAACAUUGGAGGGCCUACAACAGCAUGCGGAAUGGCAACAGCCAAGGGAUGGGGCACUUUGGUUGUUCCUGGAAUCCUAGCUGGCAUAUUUGGAAUUUCAAUUGCAACCUUCUUUGGCAUCGGUUUUGGGAUGUUGGUUCUUAGACAACUCUAAUAAACUCUGAAGUUCUGUCUAACAUAGUCAAAUCUGUAAUUUCAAUUGUUUUGCAGUUAAAGCUGCAAGAUAUUGAGAUAAUUUCAACUUGCAUAUGUAACCACUUUGAUCUGUUUAAGUAGAGGUUGAUAUGCAUUUCAGUAGCA